AUGGCUCCCCGAACUGACUUCCCUCCCGUCAGAGCUUGUCUCUUCGACAUGGACGGCCUCCUCCUCGACACCGAGGACAUCUACACGCUCUGCAUCAACCUCAUCCUGGACAAGUACUCUCGCCCCUCUCUGCCCUGGUCCAUCAAGGCCCAGCUCCAGGGCCGUCCUGGCCCCGCCGCCAACAAGAUCUUCUUGGAAUGGGCUCAGCUCCCCAUCACGGCGGAAGAAUUCGCAGCCGAGAACGCAGCCCUGCACCAGAAGCUCUUCCCCGGCACCAAGCCUCUGCCAGGCGUCCCCGAGCUGCUCACCAGCCUGGUCCGAACUCGGGAGCCUGGUGCCGAGACACCCCCCGUGCACAUCGCCUUGGCCACGAGCUCGCACAUGGGCAACUUCAGGCUCAAGACGAACCAUCUCGCCGAUCUCUUCUCUGUCUUCCCCGACAACCGACGUGUUGUGGGCGAUGACACUCGCCUCACUCCUGGUCGUGGAAAGCCCCUCCCGGACAUUUUCCUCCUCGCCCUCAAGACCAUCAACGAUUCGCUGCCCGAGGGAGAAGCCCCCAUCAAGCCUGAGGAAUGCCUCGUCUUUGAAGAUUCCGUGCCCGGCGUCGAGGCUGGCCGCCGCGCCGGCAUGCGUGUCAUCUGGUGCCCUCACCCUAUGCUCAAGAAGGAGUACGCCGGCCGCGAGGAGGAAGUCCUGGCUGGCCGAACUGGUGAGGCCGGACAAGUCGACCUGCACCAGGUCGGUGAGCUGGGCGACGGCUGGUCCGAGUACCUUGUCAGCCUGGAGAACUUUCCGUAUGCGAAGUACGGCAUGGUGAUUCCUCCCGUCAAGGCUUGA